AUGUCACAUGCCACUACUCUCGCCUUCAGUGCUAUUUGCACAAUUUUGCUGGUACUUUGUAGAAUAUUCUACAACAUCUAUUUUCAUCCUCUUCGUCAUUAUCCUGGACCAAAGAUCUGGGCCGCCAGCCGAUUAAGAUGGGCAUAUGCAAUGCAAUCUGGCACCUAUCAUCUCAACUUGCGUGAUCUACACGCAAAAUACGGUCCAGUUGUACGCGUUGCUCCCGAUGAGUUGUCAUUCACUGAACCAGGUGCCUGGAAAGAUAUUUAUGAAAACCGCAACAUAGCGAAGACUUCAAUCUGGGCAGGCCAAGAAGAACACCACCACCCUAUCAGUAUUGUGAGUACCGAUGAAGCCACACACCUACGCAAUCGCCGGGCGUUGGCUGGUGCAUUCACUGAGCACGCCAUCUCCGAGCACAUGGAGAUCAUUGGAGAUCUUAUACAAUUGAUGAUGCUUCGGUUCAGUGAUGCUGCCAAAGAUGGCAAGCCUGCCGUUCUGGACCUUGCCGAUUGGUUCAACUUUUUGACUUUCGACAUCUCUGGAGCUUUGUCUUUUGGUGAAUCGUUUGACAGUGUGGCUAGUAGUAAGGCUCAUCCGUGGGUGGCGAUCAGCUGUGGAUUCGGUAAAGGCAUCGCGCUCAUGGCAAGCAUCAACUUCUUCUCCCCCUUGAACAAGCUGUUGAAGCUUGCUAUGCCACACAGCGUUAUGGAAAAGAUGAAAUAUCACAAAGAGAUCUCACACCAGAAAUUGCUGCAGCGACUCAGCAUGGAGCACAAGACUAAAACCCAAGACUACGUUGGCUCGAUCAUGGCGUACAACAAGGAAAAGGGUGAAAUCAAGAUUCCGCAAGACGAGAUUGAAGCGAACAUGACUCUUCUCAUCUUUGCUGGAAGUGAGACGACAAGUACUGCAAUGACAGCCAUAGUAAAUGGACUGCUUCAAAAUCCGUCAUGUCUUGAAAAGGUCCAACGAGAGGUGCGAGAGGCGUUCGAUUCCGAAGAAGAGAUUACAGACGCCAAAACAGCUAAGCUCCAAUAUCUUACUGCUGUCAUCCAAGAGGGUAUCCGCAUGGGACCACCUGCUGCCAUUGGGUUACCACGGGUAACACCCGCGAGGGGGUCUCAGAUCUGCCGGAAAUUUGUACCGGGGAAUACGCUCGUCGCGGUGAAUCAGUAUCCCACAUUUCGCUCCGCAUCCAACUUCACGCAGCCCGACUCAUUCGUACCAGAACGAUUCCUGCGCGAUUCGCCAUUUCCAUCUGAUCGUAUCGAUGCAUUUGAGCCAUUCCUACUUGGACGUCACAAGUGCAUAGGUCAAAAGCUGGCAUGGACAAUAAUGCGAUUAACGCUUGCGCGGCUGCUCUUUUCGUUUGAUCUGCACGCAGCUGAAAAGCCGAGAGAUUUUGGUACGCAAAAGACGUACAUCUUUUGGGAAAAGAGGUCUCUGAAAGUGGAACUCCGGUAUCUUGAUAGAGAAUGA